AUGCCACAGUCAAAACGCAGAGCUAGUUUCACCGUAAGAGGCUCUGCACAUUGGCCUUGUGAUUAUCCCGGAGGGCCAACAAUUUUCGGAAGAUCUGAACUCACUAGUCGAUUGAGUUGGCGUGGAAGAAACGAUGCUUAUGAUUAUGGAGUCGAAAUUGGUGAAAUGUAUAAAGAGAAGUUUAAUAUAGAACAAUGGAACAAAACUAAAUACUUGAGCUUAGCUAGUAGUUCUCCCAGAACUCAGCAAGCUGCAUUAGUUUUAGCAGCCGGAUUGGAAAAUAAGAGGUACAAAAAAGAUCGUAUAUGGUCCUCAGAAAAAAAGAAGACUACUCAAUUUCCAGGAAUGCAGGAGUAUCUCAAAUUUUAUAGUAAAGAACAAUGCCCAAGAUUUUUACAAGAAGUUGAAAAGAAUUAUCCUAAAACAGAUCGUGAAUUAGAGCUCCUGAAAGCUAUAGUCAUUCUGAAGAAAAAAUUGGCACAAAAAACGACUUCUAUCAGAACUCCACAUGAUAUCUGGCUAGCAUACGAAUCGCUAUAUAAUGUGUUUUAUUCAUACAGAAAAAAAUACCAUAAUAAAAUGAAGUAUUGGAGACAAAUUCGAAACGAGCUCAAGCAAUAUUCUAAACAGUUCAUGUGGUCUUCAUUGACAGCAGAUAAUACACUCAGAAAAUUGGCUUCAGGUCCUAUAGUAUUUGAUGUUCUGCGAGAUAUCAAAUAUAUUAGAGACAAUCAUACAGAAAAUAAUAAGCCGGUACCAAAAAAGAUUGAGCUAGAACCAAAAAAUAAUGAGCCUGCACCAAAAAAACAUGAACAUGUAUUAUCAAUACUAACGGUUCCACAAGGAGUAUUUGCAGCUCUAGUGGCAGGAUUUGCCCCGAAUGGUACUACAGUAGACGGAAAAUUGUUUGAUGCUGAUGAUUUAUAUCCAAAGCAUGGUGCAAUGCACAUAAUUGAACUGUAUCAUGUAACAGCAGAUAAAUGGCAUGUCAAGAUUCUAUAUAGAAAAAAGAAGGGAGAUUGUUUGAAACCUUUGCGCCUACCAGGAUGCAAUAAAGAAGGAAAGCUGCCUCCAAACUUUUGCACGCUUAAGCAAAUUAAGGAGGCUGUUAAUCGAACUUCUUUAGGACCAAUAAAACAUAGCAAUCUUUGCACGCAAACUGUAAGAGGACCAGCACAUUGGCCUUGUGAUUAUCCCGGAGGGCCAACAAUUUUCGGAAGAUCUGAAUUUACUAGUCGAUUGAGUUGGCGUGGAAGAAACGAUGCCUAUGAUUACGGUGUAGAAAUUGGAAAAAUGUACAAAGAAAAGUUUGGAAUAAAAAAAUGGACCAAAGAUAAAUACUGGAGCUUUGCCAGUGGUUCUCCCAGAACUCAACAAGCCGCAUUGGUUUUAGCAGCCGUGUUGGAAAAUAAGAGGUAUAAAAAAGAUCGUAUAUGGUCUAUAGCAAAAAAGAAUACUACACAAUUUCCAGCGAUGCAGGAGUAUACCAAAUUUUAUAGUGCAGAAAAAUGUCCAAGAUUUUUCCAAGAACUUGAAGUAAAAUAUCCCAUUAUAAAAGAUGAAGUCAUAAAAGCUAUAGCCGUUUUGAAAGAAAAAAUUGUACCAAAAAGAACUGCUAUCCAAACUCCACAAGAUAUCUGGCUAGCAUACGAAUCGUUAUAUAACGUGUUUUAUUCAUAUAGAAAAAAAAAAUUAUCGCAAAAUGAAGUACUGGAAACGAAUUCGAAGCGAACUUAA